AUGGACUCCAGAUCGACAGAUUCAAGGACAUUACUAUUCGAUGACGCCAACAUGGAGCCGCUAACGCUCACGGAAAUGUACGAGUAUCUCAGAAGCGAGCUAAAAGGGCUUGAUUUGGGCCAAGCGCUUGAGGUUGAAAGCGCAAAGGAGUUCAUGCAAGAUGUCUAUAAAACCUUUUCACAGCUAGACCUGCAGAACCACUCUCAACGGACCGAAAGCAUGACCCGGAGCUUCAGAUCUCUGGUGGAAACAAUCGAAGUCAACGUGCGGGCUGCAAAGGCUAAGCCGAAGCAGGCUGCGAAUCCAUGGAUGGAACGGAUAGCUCAGCGCGCUCCAAUGCAGGAAGAGGAUGAUGAAAUGAAUGCUCUACGGGUGGUACAGAACACGAUCAGAGUCCAAGUGGAGGGGGAUCUAAUGCUGAUGCUCAGUCCGGAGUUUAAGAUUUACCCAUAA